AUGACAGGGCUGCCGGAGAAUACCGAGAUGACAGCGAUUGAAAAGACAAGCAAGAGGAGAAAGGGAAGCAAGAAAAGGAGGAGGCUGGUGGACGGAUGGAUGGCUGGGCUGCCGAUGAAGACGGAGAGGACAGCGAUUGAAACGCCAAAUGGGACGAGAAGGAGAAGGAGAGGGAGGAGGCUGGUGGAGGGGUGGGUGGGCGGGCCUUGGGAGAAAUCCACAUCGGCGUUUCAGUGGGUAAACGAGGCGGGCAAUAAAGAGGAAAUUCUGGGCGUGGAGGCGGGCAGUAAAGAGGACCCGCGAAGAUACUACCAAUGGCAGUGGCCCGUUGAGAGGCUCGGCGCCAGCUGGCAUGGCAUGUUCAUGCGGGGCGACGCCGGGUACGACAUCAAGAACACCCCUUCGUGCCAAGGCAUCCUCCCCGAAUCAGCCUAUGUCAACGCCCCCAUAUGGGGCUCGGACGCGGGUGCCUCCGAGCUCAAGCUUCUCAGGAAGUUGCAGCGCCAGCAGGAGAAGCAAAAUCACGAGCCCAUACCUCAAGACCAGCAGGAGAAUCUCCCCCAAGACCAGCGGGAUUUCAUGCUGAAGGAGCGCUGGCUCAUUUGGAUGCCGCGCUUUGGGCUGGGGAACUCUCUGAGGGCGUACACUUCGGCGUUCAUCUUUGCUUUGCUGUCGGGACGGAGGCUGCUGCGUUGGCACGGGGGAAACCACAAGCAGGUCUUAGAUCGAUUGUGUAAUGCAUUCUACUGUGGAAUAGACGAGUUGCAGUAUAAAGGGGAUAUCGGCAGGCAUGCAAAGCUCAUGGAUUCACGGAAGCUUGAGAUGCAUGGCUUUGACUACAGCCCGAAUGUUGUGGCUGUCUACUCAGGCAAGUUCUUCGACAGAUUGUGGCGUGGCGACCCUCAGAUCAACCAGUGCGUGCACAGCGCCUUUGCCUGCCGCACCAUCUGGUGCAUUCGCUCCAAAGUGCUCUCCCUCCUCCUCGGCAAGGGCCCCAAGCCGGGGGUGCAAGAGGUGGUUGAUAGGGACCUCAGGGUGGUGCCGCCGCUGGUGCCCCCGUUGGUGCUCCGAGGGGAAGAGGUGGGGAUGAAGGAGGGGGAGGCGACAGGAGGCAAGGGCCCCAAGCCGGGGGUGCAAAAGGUGGUUGACAGGGACUUGAGGGUGGUGCCACCGCUGGUUCUCCCAGGGGGGGGGAUGGGGACGGAGGAGGGGGAGGUGGAUGCAGGGACGAUGGAACCACAGAUGGUUAAGAAAGGGGAGGGGCUGCGGCUGCAGUUUGACCUGGCGUUGCACAUCCGUGGACAUGCCAUGUGA